CUUGGCUGUAGCGCCAAGCCUCCCAGCUCGCAGAGCGGCGCGCGACGCGCGGCGUGACAGGUCCUUUGCACUGCGCGACAGCUUUUCGGAGGCCACAAGGCUGCCCGCGCCGCGACCUGUUGGAUUGCGUAGCGACGAGACGAGCAGGGCAGCGUGAGACACACGAGCAGGGCAGCGCGAGAGACACAGGAGCAAAAACGAUGCAGAGCACAUUAAAAGAGCCCGACUGGGUCGGCGAGGACGCGCUCGCCAUGAAGCGCGAAGCCACCGAAGCCCGCAAGGCCAGGUUCACGCGGCGCGUGCGCGUGCCGUCGCCCGACGAGCGCAUCAAGACGCGCCGCGACGCCUACGCCGGACACUUGAGGAGGCGGACGGCGGGCGGCCCGUCGCCCGUGCGGCAGACUUUGAGGUUUGCGGCGGAGUCCGCCAUGCGAAAAGACCGGGGCGGCGCCUACCCUGAACUACGCAGUACCCUAGAAUACAAGGGUUUGAGUGAUGAGCAGGUGAUGAAGCGGGGGACGAAUAUCGUGCCGGGCGCCGACGUCGACACGUGGGACUUUUUCGCGCGCAACGAGACGCCGCCGCUCCGACCGGUCAGCCCCUGGCCGCGGCCGCCCCCGCGCGCGUCGACGGCGCGGACCUGCAAGCGCCCCAAACCAGAAGUCUGGCGGCCGACGACGGCCUACGGCACGCUCGACGGGACGCUAUCAAGAAGGCCGGGCAUCCUCGACGACGAUAGUACGAGGAGGGACUUUGAAAUCGUAAGACCGUGGACGCCGUUCCCCGAGCCCGACGCCACGACCGUCGAGGAGGCGUUGUAUCUCUGGACGCAGUCCGACUCGCCGGACCUCGUCGAGUUCCUCGACCGCAUCAAGCCCCCGACGCCGCGCAUGCGGCGGCUGAAGACGGCGCCGGAGAAGCUCGCGCCGGCGCCCGCCGCCGCGCCGGCGCCGGCGCCGGCCUGGGAGCUCCCCGACUUCGACGCCGACAAGGCCUUUCGCCAGCUGCUCAGCGACAACCAGAAGCGGCGCGUCCUCACGGCCAUCGAGGACGACCCCGACGCGUUUGAUGAGGCGGUGGUCGCGGAGCUCCGGGCCCAGCACGCUCCCAAAAUUGUCGAGGCCGCGGCGCCCGGCGCGCGCGGCCGGAGCGCGCCCUCCAAGUUCCGCGACCGGCCGCGCGCCCACCUGAACACGCGAUGGAACCCGCACUACACGCCGGAAUUUGCGAGAACGCUGCAGGAGGACUGGCGCGCGCGGGACGAAGCGCGGGGCGUCGAGGCGCGCCGCCGCAAGCGCGAGUUGAUAGAAGCGAGCGACUGGGGCGUGCGCCUGGCGGCCGUCGAACGGGAAAAGGCCCUCGCAGCAAGAGAGGAGCGCCGGCGGCGGCGCCUGGAACGCCGCCAAAAGCCGUUCCUCGUCUUCGCCGCGGGCGUCCUCUACGCGGCCGCGCUCCGGCGGAAGUUCUGGCUGUUGAAAGCAACGGACGACGCGUCGAAGCGGCGGCACGAGGCGGCGCUGAAGAUCGCCCGGAAGUGGCGGAACCACUUCGUGUGGGACCGCGGGCCCUGGCUGCGGCGGUGCCUCGCGCACGGCUGGCGGCUGCGCUACGUCGUGCGCAAGCAGCGCGUGCGCAACGCCGCGCGGCGCCUGAAGACGCACUUGCGCGAGGUCCGGGCGCAGCGCGUGACGCCGGGCUUCGCGGUCAAGAGGUUCCUGUGGGCGACGAAUCGCGUGCAAACGGCCAUACGCGCGUUCGUGGCGUGCUGGGCCGCGCGGCGCCAGGUCUGUCGAUUGCGGUGGCCCGCGCUCGAGGCGUCAGCAAGGCGGCGCCUCGCGGACCGCGCGCUCGAGCGCCAGAAGUUGGAAUGCCGGCGGCAGAUCGACGUCGCGAUCCGCAAGAGCGUCGCGCGCAAGCGGGCUUCCCAUAAACCGCCGUCGCACCGCAAGAAGCCCGCGGCGACCUUCGCGACGAAGCGCCAGCUGCGCGCGCACGCGAAGCAGAUGCGGGGCUCGGCCCAGUGCUUCGCGCGCAUGGACGCGCUCUGGGCCGUCCAGGAGGUCAACCGGCGCGCUCCCAAAAAGAAGCUGCCGGUCAUCGAAUCGGUGGUACGGGAGGAGUGCGCGUGCAACAACGUCGACGCCUCGCUGUUGUAUGUGCUGAGCAAGAAGGAGAUCAACUCUGCCAUAGACACGGCCCUCAAGAAGAAGCGCCGCUGCCACGUGCGCAACGUGCGCACGCUGAAGGCCGAACGGCGCAUGCCCAAGGGGCCGGACCCCAAGGCGUUGCUGAACGACGCGGUCGAGGCGCCGGUCGAGGAUGAUGGGGGCGAGUUCGUCUGGCCGACGAUGCGGCUGUACACGGGCGACGACCUCGGCGACUCGUGGGAUCUUGUCGUGGAGGGCCUGGUCGAGAAGGACCUGCGGGCGCGGCGGCGGCAGCUGGCGCGGCGGCUCUCGUCGUUGCCCGACGAGCACCACAUCGACCGGGUGGCCACGGCGCUGCUCGACGACGACUCGUUCCUCGGCGACGAAGUGACCCUGGACGCAGACUGGAGCGGCAACGACGAGGACUCGUCGUGGACGGGCCUCACGCACUCCUCGCUGAACACGGCGGAGGCCGAAGCCAAUCCGGAUUUGGUAGCGAAUACGGACCCGUAGUAGCGAAUACUUAAAAUAGUGGGUGAAUU